AUGGGUCUACUGUGAGACAUGCGUUGUCAGCUUUCAUUGCAGAUGUUAAUGCCGGAGAAGUGCUAUUGGAACACCGCUCGAGUGGCCUGAGGCUAAGAAGGUCGCCAGUCAUGUCAGAUCUUGGGGUAUUGAAGUAUGCUCGAACCGGCGUAUCAUGAGAUGUCGAAUUUGACAUGUGUGGCAGCAACUCCUGGCCAUCUGGCGCGACUACAAAGGCAAAGAAAGAGAUGCACUGCUAUGGGGAGACGAGGUAGAACAGCUGUUGAAAAGAGCAAAGAGCUUUCGCUGACCAGGGUGAAGAUCGAGUACUUGGUGGUCUGCUAUGAUCAAAACAACCGCAAGGUUCGGUUGUCUCUUCGCCAGGCAGACAUCCUUGCAGCGCUAGCUACGGAUGAAAAGCUGCUUGCCGAAGGUGGUGGUGUUCCUGAUGUACAGACAGGCGACACAAAAGGGAUAGCCAACCCUGCACCCGUCUUUCAUCCCGAGUUCGGGCGCUUCAUGCUUGAAGCGACUCCCGGGAAACCGUGGGGUAUUGGCUUCAAGGACCUCUUGGAUGUCGAGCCGAACAUGAGGUGGAGACGCAAAAUCGCAAAGGAGCAUAUGGAGGCGACGGAGUUCCCCAUCACACUGACGACGUUUCCCCGACUUGGUAACAAGGACUCUCUGAUCCCUGACUAUCCGCCAUCAGGACCAAAACUACGAUCUCAGUUCGUGCCGGACGAGAUUGCAAACCCACACAUCCGCUUUCCCACCUUGGCCGCUAACAUUCGCUGGCGGAGAGGCAGGAAAGUGCAGGUCAACGUGCCGGUGUUCAGGGAUGAGAACACACCAUGGCCUUGGAAGGAUCCGACUGUCAACUACGACUUGCACAAUUGGCCCGAGGAUGACGAUGUCCGUAAUGGUGCUGCUCCAGACAACUACAUCCAUAUGGAUGCCAUGGCUUUCGGUAUGGGCAGCUGCUGCCUGCAGAUUACGUUCCAAGCCAAGAACAUUGAGGAAGGGCGGACGAUGUACGAUCAGCUCAGCCCACUGGGACCUAUUCUGCUUGCACUCACUGCAGCUACACCCGUUUACAAGGGCUUCUUGGCCGACACCGAUGUGCGCUGGAACCAGAUUAGUCGAGCGGUUGAUGAUCGUACGCCAGAGGAGCUGGGAGAGAAGCCUCUCAAGAAUGAUCGCUGGCGGUUGCCCAAGUCUCGGUACGCAUCCAACUCCACCUACAUCUCUCAAGACCCGCGGUUACGGCGCGAGUACCUGGACCCUGACCUCAUCAUCGACGGCGACAUCAAGAAACGUCUCGUCGAGGGCGGUAUGGACGAGGUUCUGGCAACCCACUUUGCCCACUUAUUCAUCCGUGAUCCCAUUGUGGUCUUCAACGAAGACCUCAAGGAACUGGACCUUGACAAGGCCGACCACUUCGAGAACCUGCAAUCCACCAACUGGCAACAUAUGCGCUUCAAGCCACCGCCAGUGGGCUCCGAGAUUGGCUGGCGUGUUGAGUUCCGGCCGAUGGAGAUACAAAUCACCGACUUUGAGAACGCGGCCUUUUCCAUUUUCAUCGUCUUGAUUACGCGCGCGAUCCUGUCCUUCCACCUGAACCUGUACAUACCCAUCACGCGCGUAUCCGAGAACAUGGAGACGGCACACGUUCGCGACGCCGUCUCGACGCAGAAGUUCUGGUUCAGAAAAAAGCCCUUCUCGUCGCAUCCAUCGAGCCGGAUGCAUGGAACUGGCACAAGCACACCAGCCGACGUGCCCAGCCGCCCAGCAUCCCCUGGCCCUGUUGAGGAGGAGUACGAGCAGAUGAGCGUCAACGAGAUCAUCAACGGGCAGCACACGGAUGGCGGGUUCCCCGGACUCAUCCCGCUCGUCGAGUCGUACCUCAACAGCAUGAACGUUGAUGUGGAGACGCGGUGCGAGCUGGCACGGUACCUGGACUUGAUCAGGAAGCGGGCGGACGGAAGGCACUGGACGGCUGCGAAGUGGAUCAGGCAUUUUGUGCAGACGCACGCAGACUACAAGAAGGACAGUGUUGUCAGCGACGAGAUUACGUACGACCUUGUCAAGGCGGCCGAGCAGAUCACGAAGGAGGAGGGAAGGGACGGCCUCGGGAAGGAGAUGUUGGGCUCACGACGGUAG